CGGUGACACCACUAAAAUGUAUUUUGUAGUUGAAAUGAGACUAAUGUAAAGCUUAAAUUCAUUUUAAUGGUUUAGUUAUGUAACUGUUCAGUACGCAGUUAAAAAGUAGGAAAUGGUUGAGAUGACUGUAUUUCCUGUUUUUCUGCACGGCACUUCCGAAUAUUCGCUAUUAGUCGCUGCCUAAGUUCACUAAUCACCAUAAUAGCGGUAUAUACAUAUCCAACAAGUCUGUACUUCGACGAGUUAAAGGCGAAACUGUUGAAUCUUGGGUAUUUUCGAUUGGUAUUUCGAUAACCAAACGGCACUGAUCGAUGUUUCAGUCGACGCGCUGUCUCGGGUAAAAACAAAGCUAGUUAGUUUGCAGGUCCAUGUGCGUGCAAUGAGAUGCAAACGGGGCCUGCUGCUGCUCGUAAAGCAGCUGGAGAGGUUCAUAAUAAUCCAGUACAUUUCCUUUGUACUGCUGUUUUACCCUGCUGCAUACCGGCCCGGUGAGGCGUGUGCUACCGGGACCAGCGCCGACACGCUGCUGCUGUGCAGGGCGUGCGGACACGAGCUGGCUGUCGGGACGGACAUCCACUUCGUCCCCAGCCGGUUGGCGCUCUCCAGCCGCAACGACACGCUGCUCGGGGGCCGGAGGGUUAAUGUCCAGCUUUUCGAAAACCCCCACGGACACCGGUUUGAGGUGAUCACGUUCAGAAAAGCGGACGUUACCCAGCACUGGCCGGCAGAUAAGCGCUUCUCCUGGUUCCCGGGCUAUUCAUGGACGGUGGCCACCUGUCCUCGGUGUAAUUCUCAUUUAGGUUGGGCCUUCCAGCCCAUCGAUUGGCCAGACACGAUCACAAAAACCAGAUUUGAGGAGUCGGAGCACACCUUCCUGGCUUUAAUCACCCAUCAACUGUUAAGAGAAGAUUUUGCCUCGAGCCUGCUCAUAACCCCAAAAUCCUUUGUGAGCUGAUGUGCGUUGACUGUACGAUUUAACCCAGGCGCCUUUGCUGCUACCUAAAUCUAUUUUUUAAAUAAAUUUCUAUGCACCUACUUGGUUUGAAGACUCCCA